UGGAACGCCCCUUAUUUGGGGUUAGAAAGGAUAAAGUAUCUGAGAGAGCAGAAGAAUGGAAAGGCUGUCUUUAACACAUUAGCAAACUGUAUUUUUAUUUUGCCAAAUGUGCUUGCAAAGACACAAAACAUUAGUCUUGGAAUAGACAGUUUGAAAAUGAGCAAGAAACCACCCAAUCGUCCAGGGAUCUCCUUUGAAGUUGGGUCCAGAGUUGAAGCUCAAGACUACCUUAAGAAAUGGUACCCGUCUCGCAUCGAGGAAGUGGACUUUGAGGAGGGGAAGAUGCUGGUCCACUUUGACAGGUGGAGCCAUCGCUACGACGAGUGGAUUCCGUGGGACAGUACUCGGCUGCGUCCACUGGAAAGAUCAGCAAUACGAAAGGAGGGCCUUAAAGAAGAUGAGGAGAUGACUGAAAGACUCAGCGAGAUGACAGCAUCUCGCCUCGGUGAGCUUCCUGGAAGUACAGAGAGUGCUGGGGACCAAUCAGACUUACCGCCACAGAGACAAGAGUUGAGAGAUGGAGAAGAGGUGCUCGCUCGAUGGACAGACUGUCGAUAUUACCCUGCUAAGAUAGAGUCAUUCAACAAGGACACUGGUACCUACACGGUGCAGUUCUACGACGGGGUUGUCCGCUGUGUGAAGAGGAUACAUAUCAAGUCCAUGCCAGAGGAUGCAAAAGGCCAGAAGGACUGGGUGGCGUUGGUAAAGGCCGCCUCGGCCGCCGCCAGGAACAGAGGCAAUAGUAAACCUCGGACCAGCGCCAACAGUAACAAAAACCGCGAUGAGGGCCGCGGAGAGCGCUCCGAGGAUGAAGACGCCGAGGACGACUUCGAUGACGACGAGCAGGAAGAGGAGAGCAACUCUGACAAACCUGGUGCUUGUGUUGAUUCUGCAGGAGAUCAGGAGGAGCAAAGGGAUGAGGAGGACAGCAGACACACCCCCGUCUCCAGCCCGGCCCCUACCAAGGGUGGGGCCAGGCGCUCCAAUCAUCAGUCUGUAGAGUCCACCAGCUCCACCCCCUCCCAACCCGUCUCUGCCCCCUCGUCAGCAGGAGAGGAGACCCAGUCGGGCACCGAGCCCCCCCUCCCCUCUCUCAGCUCCUCCACUGCACCCUCACUUCCUGCCCCCUCCAGCCCCUCCCCCUCCUUAAGAACGUCAGAGUCUGCACAGCAGAGACGACGCUCCCAGCGACUUGCGAGCACCCCAGUCGACGCACCCGGCGACCCCACUCCCAGCCCUGCACACGCCGACAACAGCCCCUCAUCCCCCGCCAAAGAGACACGCCCGACAGAGAUCGAUGCAUCUUCUACAGAGGGUGCAGUUCUGAACUGUGUGGAGAAGUCAGAUUCCAGCCUCCAUAACUACUGUGCAGGAAUGCCCUCCACACCCACUCCUCCAGCACCAGCCACAGGCCAGAACCAGCUGCCUGGUGGACCCCCCGCCAAUCAUGCUGGGGAGAAAUCUUCGCCACUAGCAGCAGCUCCCGGUUUGAAGACGGCAACCAUCAGGACUCCCAAAAUGAACAAACACACCAGAGAGCCAAUCAUGAGCACCCUGCGGUCUGAGGACCCCUCAUCCCCAGGUGACCUGGACAGCCAAUUCCAGUGUCAGGUGGCCGGUUGCUCAAAAGCCUUCCGCAAAGCCAAGCUUUUGGAAUACCACCUCAAAUACUACCACAACGCCGACAGAGAGACCCAUGACUUUGAGACGGGUUCCCCGGACAGGGUGGGCCGCACCCGGGCCACGUCCACCUCCCUGCCCCCAUCCUCCAACCCCCAGCUGGAGGUCCCUGACAGCAAAAGACGCCGCACUGUCUCCUCAUCCUCCUCUCUGUCUCCCCAGGCACAAGCCCUCCAGCUGGACUGUGUCAGAGCCGGCCGGACGGGAAGGAAGAAGCGCUCGUCAGCCUCCAUGAGCUCUGACAGCACUGAGGUGUCCCUUCCUCCCCCGCCCCGUGAUAGGAGCCUGGACAACCUCCACGAGAAGAUCCUAAAGAAGGUCAUCGACAAGGACAAGUACCCAGAAACAGGGUUCAUCAAAACUGAGAAGAAGGUCAAACUGGAGGAGAAGCCGCAGCAGCUAGGAAAGAAAAAGGAGAAGGACAGGGAGCGUAGGGACAGGAAGGACAAAGACCUGUUCAAACUCAAACAGAAGAAGAAGAAGAAGAAAAGGAAGAAAUCCAAGGAACACAGCUACACGGACUUCGACGGGAUGUCGCUCUCCUUCCUAGACAGGUCUUCAUCUCCCCUGCAUCGUUCUUCUGGCAGCGCGUUCACCUUCCUCACCUCCUCGUCGCCUUCCUCCUCUAAACACCACCAGUACCCACGCGCCAUCCUGUCUGUCGACCUGACCGGAGAGAACCUGUCGGACGUGGACUACCUAGAGGACUCGACCACAGAGAGCCUGCUGCUGAGUGGGGACGACCUCAGCCAGGAGGACCUGGCCAUGGAGGCCUUCCCUCCUGAGGAGCCGCAGGACAGCCAGGAGAUAGUCCGCUGUGUCUGCCAGAUGGAUGAGGAGAACGGCUUCAUGAUCCAGUGUGAGGAGUGUAUGUGCUGGCAGCACAGUGUCUGUAUGGGCCUCCUUGAGGACAGUAUCCCAGAACAGUACAUAUGUUACAUCUGCAGAGACCCCCCAGGCCAGAGGUGGAGUGCCAAAUACCUGCAUGACAGGGACUGGCUGACGAAGGGUCACAUGUUCGGACUGUCCUUCCUAUCAGAUAACUACUCCAAUCAGAACUGUCAGAAGAUAGUCUCCACCCAUCAGCUUCUGGCCGACGCCUACAGCCUCAAGACCCUGCUCCACGGCCUCACGCUCAAGAUGGACAUUCUGCAGAACAGACACAGCCCCAGCUUGCACUUCUGGGCGCGGUCUUGGGUAAACUCAGAUGAGGACCAGCCAAUGGGAGGGCUUCCUGACUGCCUGCACUUUCAGGAAGUCCUGGCAGACUCUGAGGACCAGAAUUGUCUCCCCGACACCUAUAUCACCAGCGAGCACAGCUACCAGAAGCCCCCUGGGACCCCCGGUGCAGCCACUGACCCCCCCAGGAUGGCUGCAGACCUUUUGGGCUGCAGCAGGGAGGAGGGCGAGGUGGGGAUGAGCCUGGAGCUCAAAACUGUCACACACUCUGUGGAACAAGGAGAGAGGGCAGCUGUGAUGUUGCCUGGUGCAGAUUCAGUAGAACAUGCCAGAAACUGCCUGCAGUGGCAAAUGAACCUGCUGACCCAUAUAGAAGAUGUCCAGAACCAGCUGGCCAGCAGGAUGGACCUAAUAGAGAAGGAGCUGGAUGUGUUGGAGAGUUGGCUCGACCUGUCAGGAGAGUUGGAACCCCCGGACCCCCUGGCACGGCUGCCACAGCUCAAACUACGCAUCAAGCAGCUGCUCUCUGACCUCGGCAAGGUUCAGCAGAUGAGCGCCCUCUGUUCUGUCUGACUGUCUGUGGGCACAGGGGGCCAGGCACCUGUAGCAUCACCUUCCUCUGGCCACAGGGCCCCCCAACCUUACGGCCACCACACCACCUCCACCCUACUCAUCCGCAACCUUGCGUGUUUGGCCCUGGACUGAUAGAGAUGGCCUCUGGACUGCCACCCUCCCCCCGCUCACCCUUGACAGCCGGCUGGCCUGCUGCACUAAGACUGAAAAAAAGUGUUUUAAAAGGGAGAGAGGAAAGACUCUUUGAAAGGAUGAAAGGUACCACUUAAAGACAGUGUUAUCCUGUAGAGCUCAGGACAUACCCGUCACUUUACCCACCAUGCUAGCCAGCACUUGUCAGCAGACCUGUUCACUAGUGAAUGGUCUGUUCUACCCAGCAGAAUCCGAGAAUUGCUUUUACCAGCUGUACAGUGACGGUAGACUGACAGGACAGAAGGACAUACGCUUUAGCAAGCAUGGUUUAUAACCCAGACUUGCUGGUUGAAGAUUGAUGACCUGACUGAGAGUCCAGUCAUCACCAGGUGGUGACUCUGUUGUGCCAAGGAAAAGCCAGGUUUACAGUGUUGUACCCCCACCCAACCUCUCCUAGGGGUAAACUAGAGGGACAAGCACCUGUGUUCACCUGUAUACACCUCUUUCAUUCUCUAGCCCGACCACUAAGCCCCCCUUCUUGAUCUUCUUCUCUACUCUUUCUCCUCCAUCUCCUGACAGCUACUCCCUUCCUCCUUACCCUCUGGCUGUUGGGUCAUGUGAUCUCAGCGGGGCCUCUGUAUGGCUGACUGGGUCAGCCAACUGCUAUGAAGUUGGGUUGUGCCCAAGUAAGCUAAAGCACAUGCUUCAUGUGUCACCAUUUUUUGGAAAUGUUUGUACAGUUUUUCAUAACUGUAAAGAUGAGGAAAUCUAAAAAGGCAUAAGAGGACAAAAUAUACUUGAAGAUGCCUGUUUAUUUAGCAUUUCUAUUAACAUGUAAAAAAUGUGUUUUAGAACCAAUAGGGUUAAAAACUUGAAGUUGAUUUUCAUUGACAUAUACAGCUGUACAUUCAGAGUUUAUUUAAGACUGUUCCUAUGUGAUUUACUACAUGUACAACUUCAAUAAAAUGAUAUUCUGGAUA